UAUUAUUUUCUGCAUUGACCACUGGAACCCCCUCGGAGCUUUAGGAGUUCACCGUUCAAUAUUCCCCUAUAUACUGGAGGCUCUCAACGUCUGUUAGCAGGAAGCUUAUAGCAAAAUGUCCAGGAGACGACACAGCGAUGAGAACGACGGAGGCCAGUCCCACAAAAGGAGGAGAACAUCUGAGCCCAUUGAGAUUGAAGACCGGCUGGAGUCGUUGAUAUGUCGCGUUGGAGAGAAGAGUAAAUCAUCUUUAGAGAGCAACUUGGAAGGCCUUGCAGGUGUCCUUGAAGCAGAUCUUCCAAAUUACAAAAAUAAAAUCCUACGAAUUUUAUGUGCUGUUGCCCGACUCUUACCUGAGAAGUUAACUGUGUAUACAACUUUAGUUGGCCUCCUCAAUGCCCGGAACUACAAUUUUGGUGGCGAGUUCGUGGAGGCCAUGAUCAGACAACUCAAGGAAACCUUAAAAAACAACUUGUAUGAUGAAGCUGUUUACUUGGUGCGGUUUCUGUCUGACUUGGUCAACUGUCAUGUGAUUGCUGCUCCUUCCAUGGUGGCUAUGUUUGAGAAUUUCAUCAGCGUCACUCAGGAGGAGGACGUACCUCAGGUUCGGUCGGACUGGUUUGUCUAUGUGGUUCUGUCCUGUCUGCCCUGGGUGGGCAAGGAGCUUUAUGAGAAGAAAGAUGUCGAGAUGGACCGCCUCCUCAGUCAGAUUGAAGGCUACCUCAAGAGGCGAUCGAAGACACAUGUCCCCAUGUUGCAGGUGUGGACAGCAGAUAAGCCUCACCCACAAGAGGAGUACCUGGACUGCCUUUGGGCUCAGAUCCAGAAGUUAAAGAAAGACCGCUGGCAGGAGCGCCACAUCCUGCGGCCUUACAUUGCUUUUGACAGUGUACUGUGUGAGGCCCUGCAGCACAACUUGCCCCCGUUUACCCCACCAGGGCACAUGCCCGACGCCCAGUACCCCAUGCCCCGAGUUGUCUUUCGCAUGUUUGACUACACUGAUGCCCCUGAGGGCCCCGUUAUGCCUGGUAGCCACUCUGUGGAGAGGUUUGUCAUAGAGGAGAACCUGCACUGCAUCAUGAAGUCUCACUGGAAGGAGAGGAAAACAUGUGCCGCUGAAUUACUCAGCUAUCCAGGGAAAAACAAGAUCCCUCUCAACUAUCACAUUGUGGAGGUGAUCUUUGGGGAACUUUUCAUGCUGCCCUGCCCGCCCCAUAUUGACGUCAUGUACACCACGUUGCUCAUUGAACUCUGCAAACUACAACCAGGAUCACUGCCCCAAGUUUUGGCCCAAGCCACAGAGAUGUUGUACAUGAGGCUGGAAACAAUGAACACCAUCUGCAUAGAUAGGCUAAUCAACUGGUUUUCUCAUCAUUUGAGCAACUUCCAGUUUCGUUGGAGCUGGGAUGACUGGGCUGAUUGUUUAACCGUGGAAGCUGAUAAACCCAAGCCCAAGUUUGUUAAGGAGGUCCUGGAGAAGAGCAUGAGGCUGUCAUACCACCAGCGGAUAGUGGACAUUGUCCCGGCCAGCUUCUCAGCCCUCAUCCCAGCUGAACCUCUCUUCUACUACAAAUAUGGCGAGGAGACCGCUUCUUCAUUGCCAGGCUACGCAACAGCCAUCUCAGUUGGCAACGCCAUCAAGAAUCGAGCGUCCAAUGAAGAGAUCUUGACCGUUCUCAAGGAAGUUCCGAAUCCCAACCAGGAGGAAGAUGAUGAUGAGGGUGAGAGUUUCAACCCCCUGAAGAUUGAUGUGUUCCUGGAGACUCUGCUUCAUUUGGCAGCCAAAUCCUUCAGCCACUCCUUCAGUGCCCUGGCCAAGUUCCAUGAAGUGUUAAAGAAUCUGACAGACACCGAUGAGGGGAAGUUGCACAUCCUCAGGGUGAUCUAUGAGGUCUGGAGGAACCACCCGCAGAUGAUUUCAGUACUGGUAGACAAGAUGAUCCGGACGCAGAUUGUUGACUGUGCUGCCGUGGCCAACUGGCUGUUUUCUCAGGAUAUGGCUCAUGAAUUCACCAGGCUCUACGUUUGGGAGAUCCUGCACUCCACCAUCCGUAAGAUGAACAAACACGUCCAGAAAAUCCAGAAGGAGCUGGAGGAAGCCAAGGACAAGCUGGAGAAACAGCAGCACAAGAGGAAGGACAGCGGGGACGAUGAAGACAUGGAGAAGAAUAGUGAGGAUGAGGAGGGUCAGUUGGAGGAACAGAUCGAGCGGUUACAGGAGAAGGUGGAGUCGGCCCAGAGUGAGCAGAAGAACCUCUUCCUUGUCAUCUUCCAGCGUUUCAUCAUGAUGCUGACGGAGCACCUGGUUCGCUGUGAGACGGGCAGCGUGGACAUCAGCACGCCCUGGUACAAGAACUGCAUCGAGAGGCUGCAGCAGAUCUUCCUCAUGCACCACGUGACCAUCCAGCAGUACAUAGGAACCCUGGAGAACCUGCUGUUCACAGCUGAGCUCGACCCCCAUAUCCUGGCAGUCUACCAGCAGUUCUGUGCUCUACAGCUCUGAGCUCUAGCUUGAACACACACACACACACACACACACUCGGAAAAUAUGAAUAAUUGUGUGCUCGUAUACUUAGUCUAUACACUAAGCAUACUUCCAAUCACACACAAGCCCUCUGACACAAACCAACCAGCUCUUGCAUCAAGAAUUUCAUUAGUACAUCUUAUUUUUCUAUCAUUUUUUUUUGUUCUUGUUUUUUUUUUUUUUUUUUUUUUGGUGUUUUUAAUUUUACUUUGUGUAUGGGUGCCAUUCGAAGUGUUGACUCCAUUUCACAAUGAGGACUUUCAAAGUAGGAAUACAGAUUGGGAGUCUGUAUUGGUGGAUCCUCUACAAUUUACUUGCUCUAGUGUUUUAUAGUUCAUUAGUUUUUUUUGUUUUAUUUGUUUUAUCUUUGUUUUUAUCACGUGAUGCAUGUAGUGCUUUUUAAACAGUACUGUUCGUGGGUCGAAAUGGAACAGAAACAAAAACGAGCGUAGCGGACGGCAAGUUCAGAUGUGAUUCAUUGUGAACCCAGAGAGCACGCUACUUUUUUAUAUGUAUUUUAUGUGAAAUUGGGACAUGAUUAAAGGUCUGCAGAGUCUUCACCUGCAUACUUUAUGAUGAGUCACAGCUUCUGAUUUCUAUCA